UAUUUUUGGCAUUUAGGUACUCGUAGUGGUUAAUGCCUACCCGCAGCCAGCUGUGAGCGACAAAAUUAACAAUUAUUUUCAUUCAAAUUGUUUCUUUUGUGAUAGAAAGAUUUUUGUGCUUUUGUUUGCCUUUAAAAUUCACUUCCGUUUCAUCAGUGUUAUAUUCAAUUGUGCUCGGGCAAAUUAACACCCUUGACUAGCAGUGUAUACUGUUUUAGCCUGUUUCAUUUUGAGUUCGGACACGGUACGUGGCUGUGGUAGUCCUGUUACUCCUGUAGGUGUGAAGGCCAAUUACGAGGAAUUACUCGCACUCAUUACGGAAAUGCCGUCGCUUGUGGAUGAGGAAGUGUCUGGACCUGCUCCGUUGCAGAUUGUCAUCGCUCAAGAUGACCAUACGUUCGCCUUGGACGAGGAAGCGCUUAGCGAUUUGCUCUUGCGCAAGGAUGUGGUGAACAAAAGGAUUGUCUUGAUCUCCGUCGCCGGAGCGUUUCGGAAAGGAAAAAGCUUCCUUCUUGAUUUCAUGCUCCGCUUCUUAAGAGCAGGGGAACGCCUUUCAGAAGAAGAAUUACGAAGUGGUAGUUGGCUGGGAAAUGAAAACCAAGCGUUAACUGGUUUCCACUGGAGAGGCGGAUCGGAACGGGACACAACAGGAAUUCUUCUCUGGAAUGAGCCGUUCUUUCGGAAGUUACCGAACGGCGAAGAAGUUGUAGUGCUCAUAAUGGAUACUCAGGGUGCCUUCGAUACGGAAUCAACUGUCAAAGACUGUGCCACUGUAUUUGCUUUGAGCACCAUGAUCAGUUCCGUGCAGAUGUAUAAUCUGUCUGCGAACAUCCAGGAAGAUGACUUGCAGCAUCUCCAGCUGUUCACGGAAUACGGCCGUUUGGCUAUGGAGAAAAGCACUGCGAAACCAUUUCAGGAGUUGAUAUUCCUAGUGCGUGACUGGAGCUUCCCUUACGAAAGUGAUUACGGAAUUAAGGGAGGGCAAGAGCUUCUGGAAAAGCGACUGCAGAUAUCUGAUCGGCAGCAUCCUGAACUGCAACAAUUACGACGGCAUAUCAGAUCUUGCUUUGACAAAAUUCAGUGCUUCCUAAUGCCCCAUCCUGGAUUAAGAGUUGCUACGAAUCCGAAGUUCGAUGGUCGAUUAUCAGACAUUGAAGCGGACUUCAAGCGGUGUUUGGUCGAAUUGAUGCCUUUAGUUCUGAGUCAAGCUUAUUUGGUGCCCAAAGAAAUUAAUGGCCAGAAAAUUACUGGUCGCGAACUUUUGGAAUAUUUUAAGUCCUACAUUAAAAUCUAUCAAAGUGAUACACUCCCUGAACCGAAAUCCAUGUUAGAGGCGACAGCUGAAGCAAAUAAUUUGUCCGCUGUGAAUGCUGCUAGAGAGUUGUAUAUGGAGCGGAUGGAAGCUAUCUGUGGUGGGGAACAGCCUUACCUUAAUCCCCAGAGCUUGGAACAUGAGCAUACCUUGAUACAGGGUGCGGCUGUGCAGAGAUUCAAGGAUAUCCCGAAAAUGGGCGGUGAUGAAUUCAGCGCUAGCUAUCUCAAGAAAUUGGAGGACGAACUGUUCGCAGCAUACGGAUCGUUUAUGAAGCACAACGAAAGCAAAAACUUCUUUAGUUCCUUCCGAACACCGGCGACCUUGUUCGUGGUCAUUGUGGUAUUGUAUGUGAUUUCGGGAUUUUUGGACCUGAUUGGAUUGCUUCGUUAUGCCAAUUUCUUCGCACUGGUUAUGGGUGUUGUCAUUACGGCUGUGGUUACUUGGGGAGUGUGCCGCCUGACGGGUAGUGCGCGCGAAGUUGGUCAAGCAAUCGACGAAGUUGCAACUUGGAUUUGGGAAAACGUCUUGAGUCCUUUGACACAACAGGCUGGUCAAAGAAUGGCGACAGCUUAUCCACAGUAUCAGCAUAUGGUCAAUGUGGGCAAUGUUACAGUUAAUGCCGGGAAGAUGAUGAGUGGUGCUGAUAAAGGAUACCGACCGGCAUCCAAACAACGCUGAUUACCGCAGAAGUAUUAUGCAGUCAUAUUGAGAUAACUCACACUGUAUGGUUACGGUACUCGUAUACUUGAGAUUGUGUAAGAACUUAAUACAUGCUGCAUUUUAGGGUCAGGUGAAUUAAUUUUUACCGCAUUCCCUUAUCCCUGUACAGAGUUGUAUGAGUGCGUUUUUUGUGCUGAAGACGUCAUGUGAAUCCUGUCUGUAGCUAGUCGGCUCAGUUUGUAAAGGUUUCAAACGUUUUUGUGAAUGGAGUUUUACCCCAAAACCGAUGAAAACAAUUAAAAAAGUU